CACUUCUGGAAGAGAGAGGAAUAUUAUUAUAACGAGCUACGACGAGUAUCUCUAAAGAAAAAUAUAUUUAAGGUCCACUAAACCUAGACAACCAUCACAGUGCCGCGCGUAUCUAUUGUGUUCAUUUAUAUUUUAACAUCAUCAAGUUCUUCGAAGAUUUUUGUUGAUCAUUGACUUUUUUUAUCGUUUUUUAUUUUAUUUUGUGUGUAACUUAACUAUCAAAGUUAAAGGAAUCUCAAACUACGCGAUGGCUUUUAAAGAUGUACGGUCCUAAGGAGCACGUUUGUUUAUAUUGAUUGGGAAGUAAUUGAAUUAAUCGAAGUAAUUAAAUUUGUAUCUACAGAAAAAAACGAAAGAAACAAUGUAAAUUCGAAGUACAAAGUUUAAUCGUGAGAAAAAAGUUUUAUGUUUUAUUUAAUUAUUGUUUCCAUCUUGAGAGAGUGCGGAAAAUUAAUAAAGAAUAAAAAUUGAGUUUUCAUGUUUGUAUCUUGGAAAAUACAUAAAUGCGAAUUUUUGAAAUUAAAAAUUAAAGAUUUUUGUUUAACGAAAUGUAUCGCCGUCGGUUUAUGAUAAAGAAAAAUAACUUCCAGUGCAUUUGCGCCACAAUGCAGUCGGUGGUUAUUUUAAGUGUUUUGUUUGUAAAUAUUACUUUAGUAUUUGCUAGCCAGUCGGGAAUUUAUCUUGACAAUGGAGUCGAUCAAACUAUUAUGCAUCGUGUGCUCGACGAUCAUGAAAAGAUGGAUGUGGAAGAUGAGAUAUUGGACUUUUUGGGAUUAUCAGAACGACCCAGACGAAGGCAUAACCAUCUUUCAUUACGAAAAUCUGCUCCACAAUACCUUCUUGAUGUUUACCAUCGAUUGAACGAGGAAGAAAAUGGUGAAUCUACACGUAAGAAAAGAGAUGUAGCUGAUGAUAAUUUUAUAACUGAUCUCGAUAAGACCGCAAUUGAUCAAAGUGAUAUUAUCAUGACAUUCCUAAAUAAAAACCACCAUGUACCCGAAGUCCGACAUGAGCAUGGGCGCCGACUAUGGUUCGAUGUUUCCCAAGUGCCCAGUCAUAAUUACUUAAUGAUGGCCGAAUUGAGGAUAUACAAAAAAACAAAUCAAGGCAGAAUGGCGGCAGGAAAUGCUGGAAAAGAAUUUACGAUUGCUGUUUAUGCGAUUGUGCAGGCCGACGACGAAAGUGAAUUAGAGAUACUGUCGUCAUUAAAUACAACCACAGACUAUCAGGGAUGGCUGGAAUUGAAUGUUACCGAAGGACUUGCGAAAUGGCUGGCCAAUCCGCAGGAUAAUAAGGGAAUUUAUAUUGGCGUUCAUGAGGCUAAUAGGGCAGACCGCGAGGUACGCUUGGAUGAUAUCGGUUUGGUGCAUCAAAGGGGUGCAGAUGAAUUUCAACCAUUUUUGAUUGGCUUUUUUCGAGGACCAGAGGUGAUUAAAACAACACCACGCCACACAAGACGAAAGCGAAAUGUUGGCCAAUCGAGAAGAAGUAGAAAAAGUGAAAUGCAUCCACUUUUAGAACAGCAUCAUUCUGGUGAAAGCAUGAAAAGCUGUCAAAUGCAAACUCUUUACAUAGAUUUUAAGGACCUUGAAUGGCAUGAUUGGAUUAUUGCUCCUGAAGGCUAUGGAGCUUAUUAUUGCAGUGGCGAAUGUAAUUUUCCACUUACAGCUCAUAUGAACGCAACAAAUCAUGCGAUUGUACAAACUUUGGUGCAUCUUUUGGAACCAAAAAAAGUUCCAAAACCUUGCUGUGCACCCUCAAUGUUAGGUGCUCUUAGAGUACUUUACCAUAUAAAUGAUGCAAAUGUAAAUUUGAAAAAAUAUAAAAAUAUGAUUGUCAAAAGUUGUGGGUGCCAUUAAUAUGAAAUAAAUACGCAAACUAAAAAUAUGUUACUAAAAUAGGUUAUAUGUAUGUACGUUAAUAAUAAAUAUAUUUUUAUAUGUAUUUUGUAAAUAAAUGUGUUUAUACUCUUAUCUAUAA